AUGGUUACGUUUUUGCAUAGGAGGUGCCAGACUUUGGAGAAUAUGACUCACGAUAUCGUAACACAGACACCUAGCGCACAGGCUACUCAAAAAACCUGUUCGGUCUGUAAUAAGCACGACCACGUCGUCUAUUCUUGCCCAUCGUUCGCCAAUUUAAGCCCAAAUGACCGCUGGAAGGAAUCCAAAAGAGCUGAGCUGUGCAUAAAUUGCCUUAAACCAGGCCAUCACGUGCAGCAAACCAAGUCUUCUGCAUGCCGCCGGUGCUCAUUGAAGCACCACACGCUACUGCACUUUUCUCAAACAGAUCAGACAAUGCCUAGUGCAGCUGAAGUCUCACCUAUUCCACCACAGCCAGCAGCUCUCGUUGCCAUGACAACAAGCAGCGACUCACUCUCAUCCACUUCACACGCCGGCUCAAACGAAUGUGUGCUACUUGCGACUACCGUUGUCUUAAUUCAGAACAGCGCGGGCUCGCUGCCAAUCAAUUACAGCUUAAAAAAUCAAAAUCGUCUGUCGCAGUUUCGGUCACUACACAACGGAUUCACCGCGAACCUAGACUCGGCCGUAACUCAAACAAUAACCGAGCAUCAACCGAAUUAUCCGCUUGACAUCACUGGUUGGGAUAUUCCGGCGAACAUCAACCUGGCUGAUCCCGAAUUCCACAGGACACAACGUGUGGAUCUUUUGAUAAUGCCGGCAUAUUCUUUAAUUUACUUUGCAUUGGUCAAAUUCGCCUGA